CACAAGCUGAGACUGUCUAUAGAUUCAUCUGACAUCAGAAUGGCAAGCGAUUCCCAAGAAUCACUAGAUUUGUUCCGUGGUUCACAAGAUUCACAUUCUGCCAAUCCUAAUCUGCCUCCACUGGAAAGACCAGUAACCAUGAAGAUGAUCUAUGAUGAGGUCUGUAGUUUAAGACAAGAAGUACAAGAGAUAAGAAAUCUAAUGGAAGUCAGUAAGAGUUCGAGCUGUGCAACAAAACCUGGAAGCUUUCAAGUGGAGGGAUCAAAUGUCAAGAAACCACUAAUAGCUUUUUUGAAGACCUUAUUCUUCAUGUAUCCCUGGAUCAGCGAUACAGAUGAUGACCUAAAGCAAAACAUUACAGCCAUAUUGAGCCAGUGUGGUUGGGAGGUAAAUGGGAGUAUGCUGGUCACAUGCUUCUCAUUUGCCUCCCAUUCCUUCACCAGCUGGAGGAACCAAGUCAGACAGAAGCUGGUCACUCCAGAAAAAAAUGUGGAGGGGAUGCCUCUGAAGGCACUGCAGAGGUACCUCUACAGUGCCUUCUGGGUAUGUCCAUCUCCCAUUGAUGAAAAGACAAACUUUAAAGUGACCCUUGCCCUGAGAGCAUUCGCCGACGGGCACAAGUUGUUUAAGAAAAGUUCCGAUGCAACCUCCAUUGACUUCUGGAGGGCAUUCAGGAAGAACAUUGAUGCUAUGAUGAAACAGUCUCCAGAACGAUGGGUUGCAUUGGAACAGAGAAUUGUCAAAAAAAUUGAAGCUUCAAAUAAAGAAGAUUGAAAAAAAA